AAAUAAUCGCCGGCGCAUCGUACGCAGAGCGGACAUUGCAAGUGUAUAAUCUUGUUAUUCGCCGAUACUUCCGGCGGCUUCGUACACUGCCAGCGGGUGUUCACUGUGAACAGGUCAUUAAGUUAUAAUUCUCUGCGCCGCCGCACUGAAAAUUUCACCCGGCACCGCUGCUCGAGGCAAAACUGCUGCUGAAAAACCGGUCGAUUGAAGCAGAAAAACAGAAGACUAGCAGCAAUUUUCGCUUGGAGUAUUUCAGCUGUUGCCACUUCGCCAGUAUAUAGUCGCUUUUUGCGUGAUCGAAAGAGAGUCAACUUCGUAUUAUUUGAGACACAUUGCGGCCAUUAGGAGGCCUGUGCAGUGCGCACUCGCAUCAACGGCUGCUGAGUGUUGCUGAAUAAUUGAUGAACACCGUAUCCAUUUCUGCGCCGGCAAUGCACGUCGCUACGCAAAAGGCAGCAGCGCCCAAGAGAAUGGCCGAUCUAACAUCAUCAGUCAGUGUGCCUGGCGCAUCGUCGGCCGCCAGUGCCAGGGCUUCACGUUUCUCACGCGGUGGCAGCGGCGGCGGUCCCAACAGUGCUGCACUGCACGGCAGCAUGUCAAUCGAUCAUUAUUCGUCUGGCUUCUCCGCAUCCAGUCCUCCCGCUGGUAUUCCUGGUCAUCGCAAGUCCGUCUCCGCUAUCAUGUCGACACGAAGACCCUCCGUUUCCAAUGACUCCGAGUAUCAAUAUUAUCCCCCGCAACGUCGAGUGAUUCUGGGCCGUCCAGCGCGAGUAUUUUGGGAUCUGGAGAAUUGCGCCAUCGGUGGUCGGGAUUACAUGGCGGAAAUCAUGCGUACUAUCCAGACACGCGUCGAACAGGACACCGGCGUGGAAGUCUUUGAAAUCUUCGCUUCCUAUCAUCAUGCAUCGCAUAUUCCCAACGAGAUCUAUCAGGAGCUGGUGGCUUAUGAUGUGAACUUCAACAAAGUGCAACUGGUUGAGAAUGCCGACAGCAAGAAUUCCGUGGAAGAUGAUAUCUACAGAGAAGUUGAUAAAUUUAUCGAUACGCAAAGUCAAAGGACACAUUUAUUUCCAUAUGUGUUAGUAAUUGCCGGCCAUGUUUCGUUGAUCGACAAGAUUGAUCCCUUGGAGAAACGUGGCAAAAUCGUGUACGCAAUAAGAAAAGACAAGGAUACGAAUUUUGGCAACACACUGGGCAAGCACGUUGUUUAUGAGUACUCAAUGACGAAAGGCAUCCAAAACCGGAUCAAUUAAAGCCCAGCGUUUUCCAACUUUCCGGCCCGGUCAUCAAGCAGUUGAACUGGCUCUCUUUACUUUUAUUGAACCACAAUAACAAUAAUCAAAACCUGGCCCGUUUAUUGGGCCGUUUGGGACGAAAUAUUUUGUGGCAUUUAUGAGAUAAUAGCUUAAUACAAAAAAAUCAGUGGCGGUUCAUGGUCGUAUGAUCCAUAAAAAACUUCCGCUGCUGUAUUGGGUUGUUGUGGAUUUUGUGAAUCUUUUUGUGUGAAGUAUUAUACUCAAUGUCGGUUUCUGUUUCCGGUUUAUUCUGGCAAUAUACUUCAGUAUAACACUGCUUUCGUUCUGAUUUGUUGUAUUUUAUCUUCAGAGCGAGGCUGUCGCAUGUCACGGUUGUCCCAGUGUUUUGCUUUUGACGUUGUUUUACUUGCUUUCUAAAGCAAGUAUGCUUGGCACGUUGAAAACGUUUUGCAAAUUAAGAGCUAAGUAUGUUGAUGAAA